GUUUUCUUUUGUUACUCAUUUUGUAAAUAUUGUGUAGCUUGUUGUGGUCUGAUUUUAACUGUUUUUCCUAAGGAAAUUGCAAGAUUUCUUUUUAUUUUGCAUAUAUUUGUAGAAUAUUAAUUACAAGCAAUAUGGUUGAUCAAUUGGAGUUAUAUAAAGACUGCAUUACCAAACAGCUGGAAGAGGUGGAUAUGUUAUCCUCUAUUUAUUGCUCACCCGGAGAAAUGCACAUCUUUGAUCCCGGUGUUAUUAGUGAUUUCAAUGAAUUUUUACAACAGCCUAGUGAUGAAAACUUAAGCAAUCUGUUAAAGUCCCAAUUGGACUAUAGUAUCAAACUGGAUUUACAUACUCCUAAAGGAAAAACUAACUUAGAAGUGCGCAUUGAACUGCCACAUUUAUAUCCCAUAUUAGAAAAUGCCCUUGUUAUAGUGCAUACCACGUUGUUGAGUAAAAACAAGGAAUCGUAUUUCAAAAAUGAAAUUGAAAAUUUCAUUAAUACUAUGGAUAAGUCCGAAACAUAUAUAUUCCAGGUAUUAAGCUGGAUCCAAGAAGAAAUACAAGUAUUAAUGGAACGUGACGCCAGUGAAUUUGAAACUAAUGAUGUAAAUGUGGAAAUUAAUGCUGAAGAAGAAUUGGUGGAUUUUGAAAGAUUGUGGAUCUAUUCGCAUCACAUUAAGUCCAAAACAAAACGACAGGAGAUAGUUAAACAAUCGCGUAAUUUGGAUUUGACUAGUUUUAUGCGGCCAGGAAAACCGGGCAUUAUAUGUGUGGAAGGUUUAAAGGAGUGUACUCAGGAAUUUUGGCGCAUUAUUAAGAGCAUGAAUUGGCAGAAGAUAUUCAUAUGUACCAUCGAGUCUAAGCGAAAACCCAGAGUAAAAAUGGAUGAAUUAAGAAGAUUUACCGGUUUCAAAGAGCAAUUGUUUUGUGAUGAUAUGGAAAAUGAAGAAGGUGUUAUGAAUAUGGGUUUAUUUUUAAAAUACUUGGAAUUACACAAAUCGGGUUAUAUGAAAAAGGAGCUGUUUGGUUUGAAAUAACACAUAAGAAGAUCUAAAUACAUACUAUGGAAUAAUUUUGAUAUUACUAAUGUACUCUCAAAUAAUACAGUUUAAAGUUCUUGUACAAAUUAUUAUUUAAUUGUUUAUUGAAUUCAUAAAGAACCAACGAUUGUUUAUAUCUAUUUAAAAAAAAUCUAAAUAUUUUGUUAUAUUUUUUAUAAAAAUAAACUUGUUUUCUUAAUACUA